GCUCCCCGACAGCAGUCUGCUGGCGGGCCCGGUCGGCGGCGGCAGCGGGGUCGGCUCCUGACCUCAGCGGGGCAGUGACAGGGACAGGGGCUAUCUCAGAGGUCAGCUGCGGUGGUGCUUGAGCGGUCCGAGUGAGAAGCCACUCACCAUGCUGUCAGUGGUGCUGGUGUCUGCUCUGGUGAUGGUGACGCAGUCAGCUUUCGUCACCGCUGACCAAUGUGAGCAGAUCACUAUACCACUGUGCAAGGACCCUGAUGCCGGUUUGGGGUACAACCGAACAAGCCUGCCCAAUCUACUGGGUCAUGAGACUCAGGACGAGGCCGGCCUGGAAGUGCACCAGUUCUUCCCUCUGGUCAAAGUGGAAUGUAGUUCUCACCUCCAGCCCUUAUUGUGUCUCGUGUACGCGCCGGCAUGUCACGACCCUUCCGUCCCUCCCAAAAAGCCGUGCCGCGAACUGUGUGAAGAGGCGUUCGCCGGCUGCGAGCCUCUGAUGAGGAAGUUCGGCUUUCGGUGGCCAGCGCGUCUGGAGUGCAGCUCGUACCCGUCGCGGCAGAGUGGUGAGGAGUGCGCGGCGCCUGGCAUGGACCGGGCCGUGCCGACGGGGGACGGCGGGUCCUCGGUCACGGUGCCGCCACCGGGCCCGGUCACACCGUCAGAACAGAGCUGUCCGUGCAGCCAGCAGACGGCCUCAGCGGCCCAGUCGGCGGUGCAGGCGCUCACAGACAGCCUGGAGAGGGCGCUCAGCGCCGCCGAGGGGCUGCAGCAGCUGCAGCGCGAGACGCUCAACAUGCAGCAGGCCAACUUGAGGCUGGAGACGGAGAAGCUGGAGUUGGAGAUCCAGCUGCUGCGGCGUCGGCUGAUCGGCUGAGUCAGCUGGGUGGAACUGAGUCGACAUGCUGAGCGGAACUGAGCCGUCCGCUGAGCGGAACUGAGCGGACGGCCAUGGGCGGAGGUGGACACACCAGAGGUGUUAAUUGGAAUUAGUGGUGUCCACGCCAAACUGGGUCGAGCUUUGAGCAUAACGAAAAUCCGUGUUAAGUGUUAACUAAUAAAAGGUCAAAACCUACAUGGACAAUGGA